AUGGCUGUGGUGACGCGACGCUGGCUGUCUUCAGUAGCCUCUGCGAAGUCGUCGGGGAAAGGUCUCGUCGUGCCAGUGGCGGAAGUACACCGCUUCAUCGUGGACUGUUUGAAGGCUGUGGGUACCUGUACAGACAAGGCCUGCGUCCAGGCAGACGUGCUAGUCGCCGCCGACUAUAGGGGACACUUCAGCCAUGGCAUGAACAGGCUCGAGAUGUACGUGAAGGACGUAAAGAAUGGAACAUGCAUGCCCAAUGCCGAGCCAUGUGUUCUGAAUGAUACGCCAUCAACAGCGUGGGUGGAUGGCAACAACGGACUGGGUGCAAUCGUAGGCAACUUCUGCACGCACAUGUCCAUCCAGAAGGCCAAGCAGACCGGCAUAGGAUGGGUCACUGCCAAAUGUUCUAAUCACUAUGGAAUAGCUGCUUUUUAUGCUGAACAAGCACUACAGGAAGGAAUGCUGGGUAUGACUUUUACAAACACAUCACCACUGAUGACGCCAACUCGUGCAAAGCAGGCAGCCCUGGGUACAAAUCCAUUGUCACUGGCAGCUCCAGGAACUGGAGGGGAUAGUAUCAUUAUUGAUAUGGCCACAACUGCUGUCGCUGUGGGAAAGAUUGAAUUCCAGCGGCGUAAAAAAGCACCUAUUCCAUCCGGCUGGGCUCUGGGUCCCGAUGGUGCACCAACAACAGAUGCUGAGGUGGCCUUCAAAACUGGCCUUCUCAUGCCCCUUGGGGGUUCAGAAACGCAUUCUGGAUAUAAAGGCUAUUGCUUGGGUAUUCUUGUCGAAGUAUUUUCUGGAAUACUUAGUGGUUCUGCCUAUGGUCCUAAUAUUCGCCAUUGGCUGAGGCCUACAGAUAAACCUGCAGACAUAGGACACAGUUUUGUAGCAAUUAACCCCAACUGCUUUGCUCCAGAUUUUGGAUGCCGUAUGCAAGACCUGAUGACAUACCUCAGAAAUUUGAAACCACAAGAUCCCAGCAAGCCAGUACUUGUACCAGGUGAUCCUGAGAGGAAAAACAUGAAACUUGUUGAUAAACAAGGAGGAAUACAAUACCAUGAGAACCAACUCAAGGCAUCGGUUAGUACUGAAUGCCUUAUAUAA